AUAGUUUUUUCCUGGGAUUCGUAUAAAUACCCAUCCAGGCAACCACAAUGGCACAGUCCGAGCGAGUCCUCAGAGCUAGCAGCAGACCAGCUCCCCUCAGAAGCCAAACAUGAAGCUGGUGGCGAUCCUCCUGCUGGUGGCGGCGGCCGCGGCCUCCCCCGUGCCCUCCCCCACCUACUACGGCAGCCCCGUGGUCUACUCCAGCACCGCCUGGGGUAACGGCGGCUACGGCGGCUACGGCGGCUGGGGCGGUUACGGCGGCUACAGCGGCUACGGGGGCUACAGCGGCUACGGAGGCUGGCCCAGCUACGCGUACAGCCCCGUCGUCAAGACCGUCCCCAUCGUGACAGCGCCCCUGGCAACCUCCUACGCCUCCGUCGUGAAGGCCCCCAGCUACGGCUACGGUGCGUACGGCGGUUACGGCUACGGCGGCUACGGACUGGGACACGGCGCCACGUCUUACCAGAGCGUGUACAAGGUGGCCAAGCCCGUCUACGGUCUGGGCUACGGCAGCGCUUACGGAUACGGUGGCUACGGCUACGGCCACGGCGGCUGGUAAACUCAACCGACUGACCCUUCGAGGACCACGCCGACGACAACAGCAAAGGCCCCUCCAACCAACGCAUCAGGACCAUACGACCACGGACACGCGCGGCGCCUUUGAACCAACCCACGCGGUCAACGCGGGCGGCGUCUGUGCGGCGACUACAGGCCAAAGGUUACCCGUGUCGAUUGCGAAACAUCACUUUUGAACACGCCGACAAGAAAUAAAAAUAAAAGGAGGUUCGAAAACAA